UCCCAUCUUGCCUCACGCCAGCGUAGCCGCGGUUGCCUAGCUACGGGACGUUCCCGGAAGACGACUGGUAGGGCAGGACUUCCGGCGCCGCUGUUGCAUCAGAUUCUGGAAAUAGUCUGUGGCCGUAGACGCGGGUUGGAAUUCCCAGAGAUGGCAGGUUCCUCCGCGGAGCAGGCUGCCGACUACAGGUCCAUUCUGAGCAUUAGUGACGAGGCAGCCAGGGUGCAGGCCCUGGACCAGCACCUCAGCACGCGUAGCUAUGUCCAGGGGUACUCCCUGUCCCAGGCAGAUGUGGACGUGUUCAGGCAGCUCUCAGCCCCUACUGAUGACUCGAGGUUCUUCCACGUGGCUCGGUGGUUCAGACACAUAGAAGCGCUCCUGGGUGGCCCCCAAGGCAGAGGCGAGCCCUGCAGGCUCCAAGCAAGUAAAGGCCGGCGAGUGCAGCCUCAGUGGUCCCCUCCAGCAGGGACUGAGCCCUGCAAGCUUCGCCUGUACAAUAGCCUCACCCGGAACAAGGAUGUAUUUAUACCUCAAGAUGGGAAGAAGGUGACGUGGUACUGCUGCGGGCCAACUGUGUAUGAUGCAUCUCACAUGGGACAUGCCAGGUCUUACAUCUCCUUCGACAUCCUAAGGAGAGUGCUGAGGGAUUACUUCCAGUACGAUGUCUUUUAUUGCAUGAACAUCACGGACAUUGAUGAUAAGAUCAUCAAGCGGGCGCGGCAGAACUACCUGUUUGAACAGUAUCGUGAACAGAAACCCUCGGCUGCCCAGCUCCUGAAGGAUGUCCAUGCUGCCCUGAAGCCAUUUUCAGUCAAGUUAAGUGAGACAACAGACCCCGACAAGAGGCAGAUGCUGGAGCGGAUCCAGAACUCUGUGAAGCUUGCCACAGAACCACUGGAGCAGGCUAUGCACUCCAGCCCCUCUGGAGAGGAAGUAGACAGCCAUGUGCAGGUAUUGCUGGAGGAAGCAAAGGACUUGCUUUCUGACUGGCUGGAUUCCACAGGUGGCAGUGAGGUGACUGACAAUUCUAUUUUCUCCAAACUGCCCAAGUUCUGGGAAGAAGAGUUCCACAGAGACAUGGAAGCCCUGAAUGUUCUCCCUCCUGAUGUCCUGACCCGGGUCAGCGAGUAUGUGCCAGAAAUUGUGAACUUCGUCCAAACGAUUGUGGACAAUGGUUAUGGCUAUGCUUCAAAUGGGUCAGUCUACUUCGACACAGCCAAGUUUGCUGCUAGUGAAAAGCACUCCUAUGGGAAGCUGGUGCCUGAGGCCGUUGGGGACCAGAAAGCUCUUCAGGAAGGGGAAGGUGACCUGAGCAUCUCCGCUGACCGCCUCAGUGAGAAACGUUCUCCUAACGACUUUGCCCUGUGGAAGGCCUCCAAGCCAGGAGAGCCAUCCUGGCCUUGCCCCUGGGGAAAGGGUCGUCCGGGAUGGCACAUAGAGUGCUCCGCUAUGGCAGGCACACUCCUGGGAGCCUCAAUGGACAUUCAUGGUGGAGGGUUUGACCUCCGCUUCCCCCACCAUGACAAUGAGCUGGCGCAGUCAGAGGCUUACUUUGAAAAUGACUGUUGGGUCAGGUAUUUUCUGCACACGGGCCACCUGACGAUAGCAGGCUGCAAGAUGUCCAAGUCACUGAAAAACUUCAUCACCAUUAAAGAUGCCUUAAAGAAACACUCAGCUCGGCAGCUGCGGCUGGCGUUCCUCAUGCACUCUUGGAAAGACACACUGGACUAUUCCAGCAACACUAUGGAGUCUGCACUUCAGUAUGAAAAGUUCAUGAACGAGUUUUUCUUAAAUGUGAAAGACAUCCUCCGAGCUCCUGCAGACAUCACUGGCCAGUUUGAAAAAUGGGAAGCUGAAGAAGUGGAGCUCAAUAAGAACUUCUAUGACAAGAAGACAGCAGUUCAUGAAGCCCUGUGUGAUAACAUUGACACGCGCACUGCCAUGGAAGAGAUGCGGUCUUUGGUCAGUCAGUGCAACCUCUACAUAGCAGCCAGGAAGGCUGAAAGAAGGAGGCCCAACCGGGCUCUGCUGGAGAACAUUGCCAUGUACCUCACCCACAUGCUGAAGAUCUUUGGGGCCAUAGAGGAGGAGAGCCCCCUGGGUUUCCCAGUUGGUGGACCUGGAACCAACCUGAAUCUCGAGUCCACCGUCAUGCCCUACCUGCAGGUGCUGUCAGAAUUCAGAGAAGGUGUGCGAAAGAUUGCCCGAGAGAAAAAAGUCCUUGAGGUUCUUCAGCUCAGUGAUGCUCUCCGGGAUGAUAUCCUACCUGAGCUCGGGGUGCGGUUUGAAGACCAUGAAGGACUGCCAACAGUGGUGAAGUUGGUAGACAGAGACACCUUACUGAAAGAGAAGGAAGAGAAGAAAAGGGUUGAAGAAGAGAAGAGGAGGAAGAAAGAGGAGGCAGCCAGGAAGAAACAGGAGCAAGAAGCAGCUAAGCUGGCCAAGAUGAAGAUUCCACCCAGUGAGAUGUUCCUGUCAGAAAUCAACAAGUAUUCCAAAUUCGAUGAAAAUGGUCUGCCUACCCACGACAUUGAAGGCAAAGAGCUGAGCAAGGGGCAGGUCAAGAAGCUGAAGAAGGUCUUUGAAGCCCAGGAGAAACUGUACAAGGAGUAUCUGCAGAUGUUGCAGAAUGGCAGCCUACAGUGAUGCCACAGCAGCCCAGAAUGGGUAUACCUGCCAGCCUGGCCACCAUGGACCGAGAGACACACUUACUCAGGCCCUGUGCCCUGGUCAUGUUUACAGCUGUUCUCGUACCUGAAUCAGACAGAGUGGCAGCAGCUCUGGGACAUUGAUAAUAAAUUCUUCUGAACACUGAUGCCUGCUCUGCCCUCUCAGCACUUGGAGAUCUGGCCUGUGGGUGCCUGGUCAGCAGCUUACAACACAGGCCUCCUAGUCAAUUGAGCCCCUUCAGCCAGCCUGCCCAGGAAUUUCCCUCACACUGGCGAGCUGGGCUAAUCUCCACUGCGUUGGCACAUUUGGUGGUAUUGGAGUAAGAAAAAGACUGAAUCAGCCCAGCAGAUCCCCCUGAGCCUCAGACAAAGGCUGCUCAGUUGGCUUUCUAGCUCCAAUGAACACACACUGCAUGUUUCCCAGAGCAACUGACGGUGGCAGCAGGACAGUUACCCUGUGGGAUAGGGCUCUGGCAAGCUGCCUGGGACUGCUGUUAUGACAGCAAGCCCAGAUCAGCACCACUGGCUUGUGCGAUAAGUGGUCUGUAGGUCCAGCCUCAAGUGUGCCUCCUCCCCACCUUUUCCCAUCUUGUUGCUCACCCCUACUAAGAAUUAGCACCCAUUCAUGUGUCUGGUCUUCUCUGAUAAAAAAAAAAAAAGAGUAUGGACGACAGCAGCCAGAACCUAAGUGGUACCUCUGGAGCUGUCCAGAGACACCAGGGGCAGAUGUGGAUUCCAAAUGCCACAGAGCUCAAGUGUACUGAUGAUUUUAUAAAUCUGCUGCCUCUUUGUCCUUGUGACAGACUUUUGAGAAAUAUCCUGGAAACACCUGUGCCAGCCUGAGGUACCAUAGGCACGUGUUGUAGAGUAUAGCGGGGUGAGUCUGCAAGAGACCAUACAGUCUGUCAGAUAGUCAUAAUCAGAUGGGGUCUUCUGAGGUGUGCACCUUUUAUGUCUGUGGUCUCUCAUGAGUCUCUAGAGUGACUAUAUCUCAACUGGUGGCUGUCCUGAGAGAGAAGGCACUGGGUGGCUUUUAGGCUGGAGCCUCACAGGUCAGCACAGUCCCUCCUUGGGCUCUGUUUAGAAGCAUCUCAAGUUUACCCUUGUCACCAUGAGGAGAUAAGACAAGUUCCCAGAAAGGGUGGGGGCUGGAGAGACCACAAUGGCACAAGUCAGGCAGUUUCUAAGAAGAGGUUCACCGUGUCUCAGCUGUAGUAGUACAGAGGGGUGAAUGAGCUGCAGCUUGGCUGUUGGCAUCCAUAUUAUUGCACACACAGGCAAGACCAAUGAGCUACACCCCAGCUAUGAUCUGAGGCAAAGAAAGGAACAGCAGUGAAUUGUGAUUGGACAGAGCAGGAUGGAGGUACCAACACUGGGUCCCUCCAGGCGUUACAGAUGGGGAAACUGUCAGAAUGCAGCAGCAGGGCAGCCUCGACCUUAAGUGUUCUCCUCUAGCAGUGGGCACAGUCAUGGGAAGUGGUCUGCCCACAAAGGAACAAGGGACAAUCUAGUGACACAUAGCUGGGUCUCAAGUACAUUAUGCUAAAGGAAAAAGUAGCAGAUCUUCAAAAAUCCCACAUGGCUGAUUCCCAAGUGA